AUUAUCAUCAAUGAAGAUGCGCAUACGCACCUAGAUGGAUACUUUACCGGCAGUCUCGCACUGACCGCCGAGCGAAGUGCACGCGCGUUGCGGACCGGUCGCGUGUAAACUUUAAUUAUGAAUCUUCCAUCCAUCGUCGCGUUGCUGGCAACAGCGGCGCUGUCGUCGAGCACAGUCAUCAAGUCGCCCGAAAGCGCCGUUCCUCCCAACUUCGAGUUACUCAUACUGCACAACAAUGACAUGCACGCGCGCUUUGAACAGACCUCGCAGCUCAGCGGGGUUUGCACGACGGCUGAUAGGGAGGCGGGGAAGUGCUACGGCGGGUUUCCUAGGGUCGCCACUGUUGUAAAGGAGGCGAGACGCAAGGCUGCCUCGGGCGAGGGCCCGCCCGUGCUCUACCUCAACGCUGGCGACACCUACACCGGCACGGCUUGGUUCACCAUCUACAAAUGGAAGAUCGCCGCCGAGUUCAUCAACGCUUUGCGACCUGAUGCUGUUUCUCUGGGCACUAAUGACAUACAGACCGCUUCAGACCAUCUGUCCCCGUUCCUGAACGAAAUCAAAACGAGCAUUCUAUCCAGCAACGUAUUUCCCAACACCAAGGAUCAAAAAUUAGAAAAAUCUGCAAUUUUUGACAUUAACGGAGUUAAAGUCGGCGUUAUUGGUUAUCUUACGCCAGAUACUACCACCGUGCAAGGCAACAACAUAGAAUACAUAAACGAAAUCAUAGCUGUUAAAGAUGAAGUAACCAAUCUCAAGGCUCAGGAUGUUAAAAUUGUAAUUGCGUUAGGUCACUCCGACACUAAUAUCGCUCAAGAAAUUGCCAGAGAUGUUGAAGGCGUCGACUUGGUUAUCAACGGCUAUAAAAACCAAUACCUUUGGAGUGGAAAAUCCAUAACCGGUGAAUUAGAAAUUCUGAGACAAUCGACCUCUGAAACUCAAGAAUCCGGAAAAGUUGUACCCGUUCUGCAAUCUGUAGCUUACGACAAAUACCUCGGUAGGAUAAACAUUAAAUUCGAUGAAAACGGCGAUAUUGAAGAUAUUCAAAUUAACCCAAUUCUUUUAGAUAAAUCAAUUCCUCAAGAUUCAGAGUCUGUUGAAAUAAUGAAUAAAUACUCUAACGAAGUUAUGGCUUUAAAUGAUGAGGUUAUGGGUAAUACAGCUGUAGUACUCGAUGGUGACUCUUGUGCGACUGAGGAAUGUAACCUUGGCAACUUAAUAGCAGAUGCUAUGGUCUACUAUCAUGCCCUGAGAUUCGAAGGCGAACGUUGGACUGAUGCACCCGUUGCGAUUAUCCACAGCGAUGCCAUAGGUGAUUCUAUCGCGCCAGCAAACAGACCUGCUGCUGUCACAAGAGGAGAUUUAAUGUCAGCAUUGCCUAUUGAAAGCAAUGUUGUUUUAGUGGAAAUUAACGGUACAGUUUUUAAUCAAAUUCUUGAACACUCUGUCGCUGAAUACAGCUUGCGCAAUCCUACAGGGGCGUUUUUGCAUUUCUCCGGUGUACGUGUCGUGUAUGACUUGUCCAAAGAACCUGGCUCUCGGGUAGUCAGCGCGGUCGUUCGCUGCCACAAUUGUUACUUGCCAACGUUCUAUGUCAUAGACGACUGGAGGACGUAUCCGAUAUUAAUGCCAGCAGCUUUAGCUCUUGGUGAAUAUGGUUAUGACAUGCUACGGAAUCAGCCAUUGGAGAUGUAUGAGCAUGAUGAGUUGACAGCUGUGGCGGAAUAUAUUCGCCUGCGCAGUCCAGUGUACCCUGAGGUGGCCGAUCGUAUUAGACUUCUCAAUUCCCUCGGGAACCACGAACUGGAUAACGGGGUAUCAGGCCUGACGCCAUUCAUCGCCAAUCUGACGUGCCCAGUGCUGGCUGCCAAUCUCAUCCUGGCCGAAGAGCCCUCGCUCCAGGCCGAGCCCAACCUCAUGAACUCCGUCAUUUUCAACAUCAACGGAACCAAAGUCGGAGUUAUCGGAUACCUAACACCCGACACUAAAGUUCUAGCUAUUAGAAACGAUGUCGAAUACGUAGAAGAAACAGUUGCUAUUAAACAAGAAGUAGCCAAACUUAAGAAAGCGGGUGUUAAAAUAUUAAUUGCACUAGGCCAUUCUGGUUUCACCAAGGACUUAGAAAUAGCCAGGGAAGUUGAGGACAUCGACUUGGUCAUAGGCGGACACACAAACACUUUUUUGUGGAACGGAACUACUCCGGAUGUAGAAGUAGCCGAAGGCCCUUAUCCCACGCUGGUCAAACAGCGUUCGGGACGUUUAGUUCCAGCAGUACAAGCUUACGCUUACACAAAAUAUUUAGGAAAAUUACAUUUAGUUUUCAAUGCUGAAGGCGAAAUUGUCUCAUAUGAUGGUAACCCAGUCCUUUUAAAUAGUUCAGUGCCACAAGACCCUGAAGUUUUAUCUAUUGUUAACCAUUACCGUGGUGAAGUUAUGAAAAUAUCCGAAGUGGUAGUAGGGAACUCGUCAGUCAUAUUAGACGGGCAUUCUUGUCGAUUAAGGGAGUGCAAUCUAGGGAACUUUAUCACUGAUGCAAUGGUUCAUAAAUAUGCAUCAAUAUACAAAGGCGUCGGCUGGACCGAUGCUCCAAUCGCUAUCAUGCAAGGAGGAGGAAUAAGGACUUCCGUAGCUCAUGUAAAUCUACCCACAGUGGUAACUAAAGGUGAUUUACUGACAGUAAUGCCGUUCGACGGAAAUACUGUAAAAGUUACUCUUAACGGUACUCUUAUCUGGAAUAUGCUUGAGCAUGCCGUUGCGAGGUACAACCCCAAACGUGCUCCCGGACAAUUUCUACAGAUGUCGGGCCUUAGAGUAGAAUAUGACUUUAGGUAUCCCUCAGGAAAAAGAGUUGUAAAAGUUUCUGUGCGCUGCGGUAUGUGCCCAAUGCCUACUUACUCAGUAUUAAACAAAACUGCUAUUUACAAAAUUCUUAUGCCAGCAUUCUUGUCCACGGGGGGCGAUGGAUAUCAGUCUCUUGGAAAUCACGAAUUCGACAAUGGUGUUAAAGGUCUAACCCCUUUCAUUGAAAACUUAACUUGUCCAGUCCUAACUGCGAAUAUCGACCUGAAUACCGUGCCGGAGCUAGCAGCGGAAACUAACCUCAAGAAAUCUAUGAUCAUUGAUAUCGACGGCGUCAAAAUAGGCAUUGUAGGAUAUCUCACGCCCGACACCAAAGUGCUGGCAGUUCAAAAUGACGUUGAAUACAUUGACGAAAUAGUAGCCAUCCGGGAAGAAGUAAGAAAAUUACAAGAACAGAGAGUACGCAUCAUUAUUGCCUUGGGUCAUUCUGGAUAUGUUAAAGACAUUGAAAUAGCGAAAGAAGUAGAAGGUGUGGAUUUAGUCAUUGGAGGGCAUACCAACACUUUCCUUUGGAACGGCACGACUCCUGACUCGGAGGAACCUCAAGGACCGUAUCCAACUUACGUUAAACAGGCCUCAGGUCGCUCUGUGGCUGUGGUUCAAGCGUACGCUUAUACAAAAUAUUUUGGUAAACUACUAAUGACUUUUGAUUCUAAAGGAGAAGCCAUUAAAAUCUCUGGCCAACCUAUACUCUUGGACAACUCUAUACCUCAAGAUCCAGACGUCAUUAAAAUUAUUGAACGCUAUAGAGACGAUGUUUUAAACGUAGCUGAUGAAGUAAUAGGAAAUACGUCAGUCAUACUUUCGGGUGAUCAUUGUAAAUAUCUCGAGUGCAAUCUAGGAAAUUUAAUCACCGACGCAAUGGUUUAUCGUUACGCGACGCUCUAUACAGGUGAACAUUGGACUGAUGCUCCCAUUGCUAUCAUUCAAGGUGGAGGAAUAAGGGCAUCGAUAUCCUACAUGCAUAUGCCCGCAAAUAUUACCAAAGGAGAUCUUCUUAUUGUCAUGCCGUUUGAAGGUAAUUUAGUGACAGUGUCUAUGACUGGUAGUGUCAUAUUCCAAAUGCUCGAACACUCUUCACUCGGUAACCAUGAGUUCGAUGAAACCGUUGACGGACUAGUACCCUUCAUUAAGAACAUCUCAUCGCCAGUGGUAGCAGCCAACCUUAUACUCGACGACGUACCUGAAUUGCAAGAAGUUAAUAAUCUAUACGAAACUGUAGUGCUGGAGAAGAAAGGUGUUAAAAUUGGUAUAAUAGGAUACUUGACACCAGAAACUAGUUUCCUUGCCCCUAAAAACAAAGUUCAGAUAGAGGAAGAAAUACAAGCCAUCAAAAGAGAAAUACGUAAACUUAAGAAACAAGGUGUCAAAAUACUCAUAGCUCUAGGUCAUUCGGGAUUCGUUAAAGAUAUAGCGAUAGCAAAAAAUGUCGAAGAUCUAGACUUAGUCAUCGGGGGACACUCGAACACUUUUCUAUGGAAUGGCGAUCUUACAGAAAAACCAGAAACACGAGAAGGCCCGUAUCCGACUGUGGUAAGGGAUCCAAACGGUAGGAAAGUACUGGUAGUACAGGCUUACGCCUACACGAAAUACAUGGGACGCUUACAUCUGACUUUCAAUUCGAACGGAGAAAUAACUGAGUACGAUGGUUUACCAAUACUAUUAAACAACAGUGUACCGGAAGACCCUGAAGUCUUAAACAUAGUCAACAAAUAUCGGGAAAGCGUCUAUAAAAUAAGCAAUGAAGUCGCCGGUACAUCAAAUGUUACUCUAGAUGGUAACUGCCGAUUGAGGGAAUGUAACUUAGGAAACAUCAUCACGGAUAUUUUGAUAAAUUAUACAAAAAUAUAUUACAGCGAAGAUUACCCGGAUGUACACAUCGCUGUAUGCCAAGGCGGUAGAAUAAGAGUUUCGAUAGACUAUCCACAAAAACCUUUUAACGUGACGAAAGGAGAUUGGAUAAAUGUUUUACCAUUUACAGAUACCAUGACAAUUGUGAGUAUGAACGGAUCUAUUUUGAGGAGUGCCUUGGAGCAUUCGGUCGCUUUAUGGCGACCGAUAGACAGUGUCGGGCAAUUUUUGCAAUUUUCUGGAAUGAAAGUAGUCUACGACUUAUUAAAACCCGCGGGAUCUCGAAUCGUUAAAGCGGACGCAAUAUGCUCUAACUGUGGCAACCCUGAAUUAGUAGAAAUAGAAGAUAAAUAUACAUACAAGCUGAUGAUGCCUGCUUUUCUAGCUGAAGGUGGGGAUGGAUUUAGUAUAUUUGUUGGUUUACCCCAAGAGCCUGUACCCUACAACGAAUUGACAUGCAUAUACGAAUAUCUAAAAGAAUUUGGGACGAUAAGCCCAGAAGUGUCGGAUCGUAUUACUUUACUACAUGAAAAAGAAGCCAUUGCCACAUUCAUGAAGAGUUACAGUAAGACUGGUAUUUUGCAGCCAUCAAGCGGGCACUCGAUCCACUCAAGACUAUACAUAACAUAUGCAAUUUUAUUUUUAUGUAGACUGUUAUCGCGGUAGCCGUGAUUACUUCUUUGCAUAAAUUGUUUCGUCAACUACUACGAAACUUAACUUUAUUAUU